AGUUGUUCACAAGCCGAAAGGAAUCCGCUUCUCAGAAGCGGUGGAAUCAGCAGACAAGAAGACCAGCAGACAGAGAACGGAGAGCACGCAGCAGGCUGCGCCGGCCAUGGCGUCACCAACAAGGAGGGUCGUCGGCACCAGCAACUCGGAGAUCCCAACGUUCCCGGUGAGCUCCGCCGGCCGGCCGGUUCCGGCCGUGGGGCUCGGCACGGCAUCGUUCCCGUUCGUGGAGGAAGACGUCAGGGCCUCCGUCCUCGCUGCACUGGAGUUCGGAUACCGCCACCUCGAUACCGCUUCGCUCUACGGCACCGAGGGUGCCGUCGGCGACGGCGUGGCCGAGGCGGCGCGGCGCGGGAUCGUGGCGUCCAGGGAGGAGGUGUUCGUGACGACCAAGAUAUGGUGCUCGCAGUCCCACCCGGAGCUCGUGCUACCUUCCCUCAAGGAGAGCUUGCAGAACCUUCAAAUGGAUUAUGUUGAUUUGUACCUGGUUCAUUUCCCGGUGGCUGCAAAGCCCGGCAAUCCACAAUUCCCGAUUAAAAGGGAGGACAUCAUGCCCAUCGACCUAAGCGGUGUAUGGCGUGCAAUGGAGGAAUGUCAUCGGCUUGGCCUUGCUAGAAUGAUUGGUGUCAGCAAUUUCACGACUAAGAAGCUUCAAGAGUUACUGGCCAUUGCUGAAAUCCCCCCAGCAGUAAAUCAGGUUGAAAUGAAUCCAAUUUGGCAGCAAAAAAGGUUAACUGAGUUUUGCAAAGAUAAGGGUAUUCAUUUGACUGCCUAUUCUCCCCUAGGAGGCCAAAUAAGCGCCUUUGAGGCCAAUCCAGUACUGCAGUCUGAGGUUCUGCAAGAGGUUGCAAAGGCUAGAGGAAAGUCAGUGGCUCAGAUUUCGCUAAGAUGGAUCUAUGAGCAAGGCGCUAGCAUGGUUGUCAAGAGUGUGAAAAGGGAUAGACUCAAGGCAAACAUGGAAAUCUUCGAUUGGGAACUCACAAACAAAGACCGGCGUAAGAUUAGUCAGAUACCGCAACACAAGACGGUCACGGUGUCAGGGGUCCUCAGCCCACAUGGCGUCUCCAACAUGGAUUUUGCUGAGCUUGAUAUUGUUGAAACGUAGCAGAAAUCUUCAUCUAUCUAGUUGCAGGGGCUAAAAAUUUGAUGAUUAGAGUUGCUUUGAUACCGCCAUCUCGAAUCAAGAAUACAUUUGCUUUGAUAUUGCUAUCUAGAAUCUAAGAAUAAAAAGUAGAGUGUGGUCUUUAUACUUGUCAUGAGGUCUCAUUGGAGCCUCAAACUCUCAAAAUAUAUUUUUAUGUCCCUCAACUUGUUCAUAUGUUAUAGUCCAUAAACGUUU